AUGUCACACGUGCCGUACGGUGGCCGUCACAAUACGCUGCGACAACCGCGCGGCGCGCCGGUGCAACCCUUCGGCACAGGUGCGCUGCGGCGCAGCGUUAGAACACGCGCAAAAACUGUUAGAAAAACGCAAGGCAGCGCGUGUCGACACAAAAAACGUCUCAACCCUUUGUCGUCGCGCGUCUAUUGCCAGUUUUUACACGCGAGGCAAUUACAUGGCGCCGUCUAA